AUGCGGAGUCGUCUAAUCGUGCUGACUCUUGCUGGGGUGCUGCUAAUCUUCGCCUUAGACGCGGACGCGGGCUGCAAUGGUGAGGGGGAGAAAUGUUCCGGGUCACUGGGAAGCCGCUGUUGCGGGACUCUGCAAUGCGAUAUGAAAAAGUGGGCCCACGGCGUAUGCCGGACUUGCGUCAGGGAUAAAAAUUGGUGCUUUGCCAAUCACGAAUGCUGUUCCAAGCGUUGCAAAAAUAUGAAAUGCUAUUAA